AUGGGAAAUAUAUCACAGUGCCCAAUUUGUCAGGUUAAAGAAAGUUUGGUACUCGCUUGGGAUUUAGCGGAUGUUUCUUUUGCCACUAUGACUAAUAGGUCUGGAGCAGCUAUGCUGGAGUUUAUAUUGUAUCAGCGAACAUACACUGGACCGGUCGAAUUACCAGAACUUGUAGUAACGUAUGCAUUCCCCAGAAAAACAAACAGGAAGUACAAGGCCUUUCUUGUUCUAGAAAAAGGUAGUACGAGGCAGUAUAAGUUCUUUGUAGGCUAUUCUUCCAUGGACGGUGUCCUCUACUGCAAGACGCACUUCGAGCAGCUCUUCAAGGAGACAGGGAGCUUCUCAAAGAAGUUCACACCGGGUAACAAAUCUGGCGACAAGAAUGAACUGAUGACUCUGGAGGGCGACGCAUACCACAAGAGCUGCUUCAAGUGCUCCCACGGGGGCUGCAUCCUAACCACCUCCUCCUACGCCGCCCUCAACGGUGUCUUGUACUGCAAGAUCCAUUUCCAGCAACUCUUCAUGGAGAAAGGAAGCUACAGCCACAUGAAGAAGAAGAGCCCCUCGCAGGAGGUGUUGCCCGAUUUGGUGGCGGCAGCCGAAGAGCAACCGGCCGCAGAGGCGGCACCGCCGCAAGAUGAAGAAUAG